UACAACAAAAUUCAGAACCCCCAAAACACACACCAAAAAAAUAAAAAGUCUCUCUACAGUCGCUCGCGCUUUAAGCCUCGAGAAAUCUCCUAUUUUCUUCAGCUUUCUCUGAGCUUCACACUCCAUUGAGCUCUCGCUCUCGCUCUCUUCUUCGUCUGCGAUUCGAGCCCUCUACGUCGCCGUUUCGUUCUGGUUUUUUUCUCUUUAGAUAUCAGGUGCAAUAAACUUUUAUCUGUGUGGUUUGUGUGGGAUUAUUUGAUAAGGUUGUGAUGGAUUUUGACGCGUAUGAUUAUUUAGAGAAAACUGUUGAGAAUCCUGAGCCGGGGAAAGAGAAGGAAGGUGCAGUUAAUGGAGGUGGUGAAAUUGAGAAGUCUGGUGAUAAAGAGCGUAGUCGGAGUUCGAAGCAUAGGAGUGAUGAGAGGGAUGAUGAUGUGGAGCGGCGUUCAAAGCGUUCAAGAUCAGAAGAUGAGUCACGUGAUCGUGAUCGUGACAGACAAAGGGAGAGGGGUUCAUCUCGUCACCGUUCACGGUCUAGAGAUGGGGAACGGGAUCGACAUAGGAGCGGGCGGGAACAAAGGGAUAAGGAGAGAGAUAGGGAUAGAGAGGAGAGGAAUGGGAAUGUGAAGGAGAGAGACAGGGAUAGGGAGAAAGAGCGGGGGCGAGAUCGUGAUCGAGAAAGAGAUAGGAGGGAACGUGACCGCGAGAAUGAGAAGGACAAAGAGAGAGAGAAAGAACGGUCCCGUAGAAGCAGGAGUGAAUCAGAAAGACAGCGGGGUGAGCGUGAUGAAAGGGAGAAGAGUCGCGACAAGGAGCUCAAAGAAAGAGAAAGGGAGAGAGAGUCAAGGGAACGGGACAGAGAAAGCAGACGAUAUAAAGAGAAAAAGGAGGAAGUGGCUGAACCAGAGGCUGACCCUGAACGGGAUCAGAGGACUGUAUUUGCUUACCAGAUUUGUUUGAAGGCAAAUGAAAGAGAUGUGUACGAGUUCUUCUCAAAGGCUGGCAAGGUUCGAGACGUACGCCUUAUAAUGGACCGCAAUUCAAGACGAUCCAAGGGAGUUGGUUAUAUUGAGUUCUAUGAUGCAAUGUCAGUCCCUAUGGCAAUAGCACUCUCUGGUCUUCCUCUUCUUGGUCAACCAGUUAUGGUAAAACCAUCAGAAGCAGAAAAGAAUCUGGUCCAGUCAACUACAGCAGUGGCUGGUGUAUCAGGUGGGCUUAUAGGCCCCUAUUCAGGAGGGGCCAGAAGGCUGUAUGUUGGAAAUCUGCAUUACAACAUAACUGAAGCUGAUCUUCGUCAGGUUUUUGAAGCAUUUGGUCAAGUAGAGCUGGUGCAGUUGCCUGUUGAUGAAACUGGACAUUGCAAAGGAUAUGGCUUUGUCCAGUUUGCACGUCUUGAAGAUGCUAGAAAUGCACUGAGUCUGAAUCAACAGUUGGAGAUUGCGGGUCGGCUUAUCAAGGUUUCAGCUCUUACUGAUCAAGCUGGAAUGCAAGAUGUUGGAGCAAAUUCUGGUGAUUUUGAUGAUGAUGAAGGAGGUGGCUUGUCUCUGAAUGCACGAUCUCGAGCACUUCUCAUGCAGAAGUUGGACCGCAGUGGCUCUGGAUCUAGCGUUGCUGGUUCCACUGGCACUCCAGUUGUCAAUAGCACAGGGCUUACUUUACCAACAGUGCCUAUUCUAGGAGCUGCACCUGCAGUAUCUCCGAUUAAUCCCCUUGUUCCGGCUCUUGCUGGACUUGGUGGUUCAGGUCUUCAAGUUCCCAUUGCUACUUUGCCAACUGUUGAUACAAUCGGUGUUCCAAGUGAAUGUUUAUUAUUGAAGGAUAUGUUGGAUCCAAAUGAUGAGACGGAACCAGAUUUUGAGUUGGACAUCAAAGAAGAUGUUCAAAAUGAAUGUUUGAAGUUUGGAAAAUUGAAACAUAUAUUUGUAGACAAGAACAGUGCUGGUUUUGUGUACUUGCGAUUUGAAAAUACACAAGGUGCAGUUGCUGCACAACGUGCUCUCCAUGGUAGAUGGUUUGCUGGAAAGAUGAUUACCGCAACUUAUAUGGUGCCCCAGGCAUACGAGGCUAAGUUCCCUGAUAGCAGAUAGGAUUUAUGGAUUAUGGAUAUGCAGUGAGAAGAUGGCAUUUGCAUGUCUGAGUUUUUAUUGGGGAUUGGGGGGAAGAGAGAGAAGCUUUUGUAUGAUACUGUCCUUAGGUCUGGCAUAUGAAUUGCCAAUAGAUAAAAGAUUGUAAAAAGAGGUCAGAUUUAUCAUCAAGUUGUUAUUGCCAUUUGCUAUCAAAAUAUAAGGUGUUAACAUUUGUAGGCCAA